CGCCUCCAUCUCCCGGCGGGCCGAGCGCGGAGGGCGGCGGCGGGCGCCUUUGUGGAGGCCGCGGCCCGGCGCGGAGGAAGUUCCGGUGUUCGCGGCCCGGGGUCGGUGUCGGCGGCGGCAAGCUAGGAGGAGCGGGCCGCGGGGGCCGCGCUGCCUCGAUACUGCUAUCACCAUAGUUCAGUAGCAAAAGGAUCUGCUUAUUGGGCCCUCUUGACACAGAAAGAGAUGUGGGGGGAUUCUCGUUCUGCUAAUAGAACAGGACCUUUUCGCGGGAGCCAAGAAGAAAGGUUUGCUCCCGGGUGGAACAGGGACUAUCCUCCUCCUCCCCUUAAGAGUCAUGCUCAAGAAAGACACUCUGGCAACUUUCCUGGCAGAGAUUCACUUCCCUUUGAUUUCCAGGGGCAUUCGGGGCCUCCCUUUGCAAAUGUAGAGGAGCAUUCUUUCAGCUAUGGAGCUAGAGAUGGACCACAUGGUGACUAUCGAGGAGGGGAGGGACCUGGACAUGAUUUCAGGGGGGGAGAUUUUUCAUCUUCUGGUUUCCAGAGCAGAGAUUCAUCACAGUUGGACUUCAGGGGUAGGGAUGUACAUUCUGGGGAUUUUCGAGACAGAGAAGGACCACCUAUGGACUACAGGGGUGGAGACAGCACUUCUAUGGAUUACAGAGGUAGGGAGGCAUCUCCCAUGAACUACAGAGACAGGGGUCACACUGCUGACUUUAGAGGUCGGGAUGCUCCUCCACCUGACUUCAGGGGCAGGGGAGCCUAUGAUUUAGAUUUUAGAGGCCGGGAUGGAUCCCAUGCAGAUUUUAGGGGAAGGGAUUUAUCAGAUUUGGAUUUCAGGGCCAGAGAGCAGUCCCGUUCUGAUUUUAGGAGUAGAGAUAUAUCUGAUUUGGACUUCAGGGACAAAGAUGAAACACAGGUGGACUUUAGAGGCCGAGGUUCAGGAACUAGUGAUCUAGACUUUAGGGACAGGGAUGCACCACACUCAGAUUUCAGAGGUAGACACCGGUCUAGGACUGACCAGGAUUUUAGGGGCAGGGAGGUAGGACCUUGUAUAGAAUUUAAAGGUAGGGAGAUGCCCUCUGUGGAUCCAAAUAUUUUGGAUUACGUUCAUCCCUCUAUGCAAGAUAGAGAACAUUCUGGUAUGAAUGUGAACAAGAGAGAAGAAUCUACACAUGACCAUACAACAGGAAAACCUGCUUUUGGCAUUCAGAAAGGAGAAUUUGAGCAUUCAGAAACAAGGGAAGGAGAAACACAAGAUGUAGCCUUUGAACAGGAGUCUCCAUCAGACUUUCAGAACAGCCAAAAUCCACUUCAAGAUGAAGACAAGUCACAGCUUUCCAGAGGCAAACGACCGAGUUCAGAAACUGGUCUGUUUGAAGAAGAAGGUGGUCUGGACUUCCUUGGCCAACAAGACACUGAUUACAGAAGCAUGGAGUACCGUGAUGUGGAUCAUAGGAUGCCAGGAAGCCAGAUAUUUGGCUUUGGCCAGAGCAAGUCUUUUUCAGAGGGCAGAACCUCCCGAGAUGCCCAACGGGAUCUUCAGGAUCAAGAUUACAGGACUAGUCCAAGUGAGGAGAAGCCAAACAAGCUUAUUCGAUUAAGUGGGGUGCCUGAAAAUGCCUCAAAAGAAGAGAUUCUUAACGCCUUCCGGAGCCCUGAUGGCAGGCCUGCCAAGGACUUGCGGUUGAAGGAGUGUGACAUAGGUUGCGACUAUGGCUAUGUCUGCGUGGAGUUUUCACUCUUGGAAGAUGCCAUCGGAUGCAUGGAGGCCAACCAGGGAACUCUGAUGAUCCACGACAAGGAGGUUACCCUCGAGUAUGUACCAAGUCCGGAUUUUUGGUACUGCAAACGGUGUAAGGCCAGCACUGGUGGAUACUGGUCUUCAUGUUCAUUCUGCAAGUGCCCAAGGGAGGGGACAGAGGCUAAGCAAGAAUUAAUAACCUACCCUCAACCUCAGAAAACAUCCAUACCCGCACCAUCAGAGAAGCAACCCGCCCUUCCCCCAAGGCCAGCCGAUAAGGAACCUGAACCCAAAAAGUGGGAAGAAGGACAAGAACCACGCUUGGGACAUCAGAAGAGAGAAGCGGAAAGGUAUCUGGCUCCUCGAAGGGAAGGACUUGCCUACCGAAGAGACCGAGAGAAGGAGCCUUGGUCUGGGGAGACGCGCCAAGACGGAGAGAGCAAAACGAUCAUGCUGAAGCGCAUCUACCGCUCCACGCCACCGGAGGCGAUAGUGGAGGUGCUGGAGCCCUACGUCCACUUGACCACGGCCAAUGUCCGCAUCAUCAAGAACCGAACUGGCCCCAUGGGCCACACCUAUGGCUUUAUUGACCUCGACUCCCAUGCGGAAGCUCUCCGUGUGGUGAAGAUCUUGCAGAACCUUGACCCACCAUUCAGCAUUGAUGGGAAGAUGGUGGCUGUAAACCUGGCCACUGGGAAACGGAGAAAUGACUCCGGGGACCAUUCGGACCACAUGCACUACUAUCAGGGUAAAAAAUAUUUCCGAGAUAGGAGGGGAGGUGCCAGAAAUUCAGACUGGUCUUCAGAUACAAAUCGACAAGGACAGCAGUCAUCAUCCGACUGCUACAUAUAUGAUUCUGCUACCGGCUACUAUUAUGACCCCUUGGCUGGAACUUACUAUGACCCUACCACCCAGCAAGAAGUUUAUGUGCCCCACGACCCCGGGUUGCCUGAGGAAGAAGAGACACAGGAAAAGAAACCCACCAGUCAAGGAAAGUCAGGUGGCAAGAAGGACACGUCAAAAAGAGAUGGCAAGGAGAAAACAGACCGGGGCGCGACACGGUUCCAGGAGAAUGCCAGUGAGGGGACCGCCCCUGCCGAGGACGUCUUUAAGAAGCCCCUGCCCCCCACCAUGAAGAAGGAGGAGAGCCCUCCACCCCCUAAGGUGGUGAACCCCCUGAUCGGCCUCCUGGGCGAGUACGGAGGAGACAGCGACUACGAGGAAGAGGAGGAGGAGGAGCAGGCCCCGGCUCCGCAGCCCUGUGUCGCACAGCCCCAGCAGCGGGAGGGGCUGGGCAGGAAGGAGAAUGGGGAGGACAGGCUCACCGACUGGAGCAAGCUGGCUUGCCUGCUCUGCAGAAGGCAGUUUCCCAAUAAGGAGGCUCUGAUCAAACACCAGCAGCUCUCAGACCUGCACAAGCAAAACCUGGAGAUCCAUCGGAAGAUAAAACAGUCGGAGCAGGAGCUUGCCUAUCUGGAGAGGAGAGAGCAGCAGGGAAGGUUUAAAGAACGAGGACAUGACCGCAGGGAAAAGUCCCAAUCUCUUGACUCUCCAGAAAGGAAACGAAUUAAACACUCCAGGGAGGCUGACAGUGAUCGUAAACCCAUUGGUAGAGAAGAUAUCGACAGCAGCAGAGGAGGCUGUGCCCAGCAGGCCACUGGCUGGAGGAAGGGAGUCGGACAUGGCCACCCUGGGCUGGCUUCAGCGGAGGAGGCUGAAGGCCGGAUGAGGGGGCCCAGUGUGGGGACUCCAGGAAGAACCAGCAAGAGACAGUCCAAUGAGACUUACAGAGAUGCUGUGCGGAGAGUCAUGUUUGCUCGGUAUAAAGAACUGGAUUGAGGAAGAGGCUAGUCCUGUGGGACCCUGCCCCUCUGUUUUGUUUGUCCAUCUCUCCUUUUGUUUUGUUACAGUUCUUGCUGCUAGAACUUUUUUAAAUAAACCUUUUUUCAAUGUGAA